CUUAGUGACAACAUUAGUUGAGAAGAGAGACCCUCACUGGAAUACAACAAUAUUCAGAUUUAAUUGAGCUUCUAAACAGAUUUCUUCAUCAUGGCCAAUCAGCCUCUACUACUGUCUCAGGAGACUUUAGCUCAGUUCAAUCACUCCAUGGCCACAGAACCAGGUGCCUCAGGACCUCCAAGGCGACGUCUGGGCUCUAUCUCCACUCGCCGAAGCUCCAAAGACCAAUCCAAGGACCAGCCCCGCCACAGACCCCUGUUCCUCAGGGGCAUGACGGUUCCUUCAUCUGAGUCAUCGUUCUUGAGCGCCAACAUCAGCAAUUCUCGCAUCUCCAUGGGCAAGCGGUUCUCAUUCGCAGGCUGGCACCAGGGAGGAAGAGUAAGCUUCUCUGGACUGUACCUUCAACAACCAAUCCAGGAGGUUUAUGUGGAGAACACCUACAGAAUGGGACCAGAACCAGGGUGCCAUUUCAAUGCUAGCAGGACCCAGCAGAUCUUACAGGCCACUUUGGAUAGUUAUUUGGAAGGUGUGUGUCACAGUCCUGAUAGUUGUAGUCAGCUUUGUCAGAUGUUAGCAGAUCUAGUUCUCAGUAAGCUAAAAGAUGUCAAUCCACCACGAUAUAAACUUGUGUGCCAGGUGGUGGUCGGACAGAGUGGUAAACAAGGUAUAAGUGUGGCCAGCCGUAGCCUGAUGAACCCCAACACUGACAACUACACAUCUGCUGUUUUCCAAAAUCACUCACUGUUUGCUGUGGCUUUAGUACACGGUAUGUACUUUGAAUGA